CUAUCAGUAACUCAACGGCAAAAAAACUUAGAAAACUCUGUUGGAACCAAAGCUUUGAAUAAUCAAUUGAAAGGGUCAUCAGAUGCAAUACAGAAUAAUGCUUUUUCAAAACGUUCUCAAUUUCAAUCAAGCCGAAAUCAAUCAGUAAAUCGUCCUACUUCUCCUUUAACAACAAAUGCGGAAUUAGAAAACACUUUAACUCCAUCACCAUAUCUUUCAAUACAACGUCAACGGCCACCACUACAACGUGCUAUGUCUGCGCCGGUUCGCACUCUUGACGAAAACUCUAAGAAUAAUCUAUUCGCGGCGAAUAAGAAGAAAUCACGACGUCGAAAAUUAGUCUGCAGAAAUAUUAGUUGCGAUAAAUCAGACAAUACUAAAGAUUUUAUAUUAGAUACUGAAAAUAAUAGUAGCGGAAAGAAACUUUUAACCCGUUCAAGAUCUGUAGCAGCACCAGAUUUAGUUACUUUAGUAUCCUUAGUGAGCUCUGAGGGUAGCGAAUCGGAAAAUGAUGAUGAUUUGUUACAGACUGCUAGUGGAAAAUCAAAUGAAAACACACUUAGACGUGCUCCGCUAUUAAGAAAAACUGGCAAAUCAGUAUCAUUUCAAGAACAUUUUACAGAUAAUAUACAAUUAUCAACGAAGGAAUAUUCAAUGAUACGGAGAGGAUCUAUUGCACCAUUAGCAGCUCGAUUACGUGCAAACCGACCUCCAACAGCGCCACCUGUUCCCGUAUUUAUAAAUGAACUUAAUUAUGCCGAUAAUAUGACCACAUUCAAUAAAGGAAAAACUGUCAAUGAUACUGGAAGACGUAAGUUAGAACGUGCAAAAGAGCAAAGUGGAAAGGAAAACAACGGAAAUACAGGAGAAAAUAAUCAAGUUGUUGAAUAUGAUUUUCCACCAUAUGUAAAGAGUUUUAAGGAACGUGAGUGCUGGAAGUUGUACCAAAAAAUGAUAGGCAACGGGGUUAGUGUGAGUUAUGAUACGAUUUCAAGGGGUAUGUUGACUCCAACAGAAUUUAGACAACUACAAAAACAACGAGAAUGUGAAGAAGCUAAGGCUCGAGAGGCUGAAAUACUAAAUGCACAAGAAAACGUAAAGAAAUAAAAUACUAAGGAAAUAGACUUGAAUUUCGUUGGCCCCUAUUACCAAAAAUGCAAUGGAUUAAAAAACCUACAAAUAUUUAAAUUUUAAUACAAUUAAUAUUAAAAUUUCUAUAAAUUAUAUAAAUUUUAAAACACUAUAGUUCGGGGCUCCGAAUACUUAUGUUAACUGCACAACAAAUUUAGUGAUAUUAAAAUCAUUUUUAUGAAAUGUUUAUAGACAUGAAAAAGAGCUUUAGUCUAAACUAAGAAGUAGUAAUAUAA